AUAAGCAAUACCGGAAAUGGUACCCCUUCCAGCAACAGCAAGCAAGCUAACCCUAGCUUAUGGUAUCGUCUACAUCUGCGGGGUCCGCCAUAUUGUCAGCCGGGAGAGGCCGAGAGGUACUCGGGCAUGAGAGAAGUGAUGACCGUUUCAAGCACUAAGCCCUGCGCCUAGACUGUUUGGAUGUCCUCUUUUGUAUCAAACAAGAUCAGUAGCCUAUGCGACUCCAUAAAGCCAUCUCAUCUGCUCCACCUGCCAUCAGCUGUUCAGAGGAAAUUGCUAAGGAGCUUGUGAAAUCUCGAGUGGAACAUGUCCGGCCCUGUGCCCAGCCGCUCUCGAGUUUACCCUGAUGUAAAUACACAGAGGCCCCGCGAGUACUGGGAUUACGAGUCCCAUGUGGUGGAAUGGGGGAAUCAAGAUGACUAUCAGCUGGUCCGGAAGCUUGGCCGUGGGAAAUACAGUGAAGUGUUUGAGGCUAUAAACAUUACAAACAAUGAGAAGGUCGUAGUCAAAAUUCUCAAGCCAGUAAAAAAGAAGAAAAUCAAGCGCGAGAUUAAGAUUCUUGAGAACCUGCGAGGAGGACCCAACAUCAUCACACUUUUAGACAUCGUCAAGGACCCUGUGUCCCGAACUCCAGCCCUGGUUUUUGAGCAUGUGAACAACACAGACUUUAAGCAAUUGUAUCAAACGUUAUCAGACUACGACAUUCGUUUCUACAUGUAUGAAAUCUUAAAGGCCCUGGACUACUGUCACAGUAUGGGAAUCAUGCACAGAGAUGUGAAGCCACACAAUGUCAUGAUCGAUCAUGAGCACAGAAAGCUUCGUCUGAUUGACUGGGGCUUGGCAGAAUUCUACCACCCAAACCAAGAGUACAACGUGCGGGUGGCAUCUAGGUACUUCAAAGGCCCUGAGCUUCUGGUGGACUACCAGAUGUACGACUACAGUUUGGACAUGUGGAGUCUGGGGUGUAUGCUGGCCAGUAUGAUUUUCCGCAAGGAGCCCUUUUUCCAUGGGCAUGACAAUUAUGAUCAGCUGGUCCGCAUUGCAAAAGUGCUGGGCACUGAGGACCUGUAUGACUACAUUGACAAAUACAACAUCGAGUUAGACCCACGGUUCAAUGACAUUCUGGGCAGGCAUUCGCGCAAGAGAUGGGAGCGCUUUGUGCACAGUGAGAACCAGCAUCUGGUGAGCACUGAGGCCCUGGACUUCCUCGACAAGCUGCUACGCUACGACCACCAGGCGCGCCUCACAGCCAGAGAGGCCAUGGAUCACCCUUACUUCUACCCCAUAGUGAAAGACCAGGGCCGGGGUGCAGCCACCACCAACAUGGCUGCCAGCUCCACUCCAGUCAGCUCCUCCAGUAUGAUGGCCGGCAUCACCUCCAUGACCUCCACCACACAACCGAUGGCCAACAUGGCCGGCUCCCCCGUGAUCUCCGCCCCCAACACGCUGGCCACGCAGGUCCCUGCUGCCACCGGAGCGCAGCCCUGAGGGGACCCUCCCAACAGACAGACCCCCUCCCACCCAUCCUCCCACCUCGCCAUCUCUGUCUCUUCACCUCUGAACCCUCCCCUCCCUAGGCACAGUGACUGGCCCACGCUCCUCCUUUUGAUUAUGUUGAGAAUUUCCCCCGCAUUAAUGUCCCCUACAGUCACCUUGCCCUCCGUUCAGUUAAACCAGGGUUGUGGACUCCAAAAGAAAUAUACUGCUGCACCUGCCUGGAUGUGUUAGAGUUCCGGGCACUCACUCUCAUAACGACUCUAGGAACGCAAUUACAAUGUAGACCUGACGAAGGAUAAUAAAAUUUAUUUUAUAUGUCCCAGACGUACGUUCUUGUCUGCAACUAGGUGAAUCCUCUCGUUUGUGCAUUUGUUUAUUUUUUUGUUUUUGUUUUAUUUGUUUGUUUUUGUUUUUGGCUUUUAUUUUUCCUCUCCUGUAGUGUUUCUAUCGGGCGUUUCUACACUGUGAACCUGGACAUAACCGCAGCAGCACACUUACCACUGAACAGGACGUGUGCCCCCCUCCCAAACUCCAGUGGUGUGUGCGAGGCGUGCGGCACCCUUCUGCAGUGAGCUGGGGGGGAGCGGGAAGCUGGAGGUGUGUGCUGUACAAGCACACCUGGAUAUGGAGGCCUGGCCGACGCCCUCCAUUUACUGUUAAAUGUGUUAGCCCAGUGCUGGGCUCACAGGGUCAAUAAUAAUAUGCCAAUUUUUGCGUUCCUUUCACUCUUGGUGUGUAUGUCUAUGGGAGUGUGCGUGCGUGCGUGUGUGUGUGUUUUCUUUUAAGGUUUUAAGCUGACAUUUGUUACCAUGAAGAAUUUUUUUUGUAACAAUUUUUGUUCUUGAGAGGAUGCAAUCCAGUGCUAAACAUUUUCUUUCGGUGUGAGAAAUAAACCCUUAAAGAGGCGAAGCACCCUUUUACAAUUUG